AUGCCGCAUAUUGCAGAGCAGCAGCGCGGCUGGGAGCCCGAGCACACACUUUCAGUCGCCGAGGCCAUCAAGGAAGCCAUGGACACGACUUCACCACCGCGGAGGUCCAAGUCGCUGCGGAGAGGCCGGCCGAGUGGUGAAUUGCCAGAACCGCAUCUGCCGCUCAGGAAAGCUUCGGCGCAUGGACGGAUGCAAUCGAGGAAAGGUUCUGUGCCGAAGCCGUUGUUCAUGCCUCCCCCGCCUAGGAUGAGUAGCGUGCAGCAGAACCAUUUGCACCAGUUGCGAGGAUUCAACCCGAGUCCUGUGCAGCCGCCAAUGCCUCAUGUGGAUAGCUUCACAGCCAGCUCGGAGCAUGCGUUUGCGGGGAGGGAGCCCAGGAGACAGUUCAAGCCGGCGUUGGAUGUGUUGGAGGACCAGCAACAGCAGACAGUGCUGCAGUAUGCGGAGAUGAGGACGCCUGCUUUUCCCGACCCAGACACUACCCGGCCACCUUCGAGUCCAUUGCAUCCUCCCGCUACGAGUCCAUUGUCCUCGCCGAGAAAGAAGGGGAAAAAAUUGAAAAGCUCGAGGAGUGUGGGGGAAGGAUUGAGGAGUAUAAAACACAAAGUUUCGAGCAAGCACCACAAAGACAUGAAUGGGAGAUUGACGCCGGACAGCUUCAAUACAGCGAGGCCGAGUCCGAGGGCAGAGGAUGAGAUUAGGGAGAGCUUUCGCAGUGCAUUGACGAGUCACUCGAGUCUGGCCCAUACAAGCACCAACACCACACAUACCAGUCUGAGUUCGAGGAGCGAGAGCUUUGUCAAAGUGAGAAGGGAAGAUUGGGAUGAGGGCGGUUUGACGGAUGUGGACAUGAGUGUGGAGGAUGCCAUUGGGAUGUACGAGAAUGGCUUUGAGAGUGCGGCCGGGAGCGCGAAGGGCAGUCUGGACAUCCGGUCAAUACGGUCUGCAGAUGUUGGACGAGCGACACCUGAAGUACGGUCAGUGAGAUCACUGCAGUUGGAAAGACCUUCAUCACAACCGCAACCCCAGCAACAACCUCAGGUGCCGAAGCCGAUGCUGUCGCAACCUUCAACACCAACCAAGAAGCGACCGAAUGCCGCCCAUCGCCGAAGCCAGAGUGCUAGCAUCCUCAUCCUCGGUGUACCGCGAUCUGCUCGACCUGGUGCGAGUCCAAGCCCCAGCCUCCGCGCACCGAUGCCUCCUUUCGCUCAGGAGGGCCAGCGAACUUCGAUGCAAAUUGUCUGCAAUGAACAGUCGAGGCCAGGCACUGCCGCCGCUGUUCCCAGCGCUGUUCCACGUGACCGAUAUGGCUUCAAGAAAGCGUCCCAGCAUGUGACGGUCGAGCAGUAUGACCAGUGGAACAAGCAUUACAGCCGCCACAUCGAGCGUCGGUCGAAGAAGUGGCAUGCGAUGAUGCGAUCUUACGGACUCACCACUUCGCCUGCUAUACGCUUUCCUCCGAAAUCUGACAAGAUCAAACGGUACGUCAGAAAAGGCAUACCCCCGGAGUUUCGAGGAGCAGCAUGGUUCUGGUACGCUGGUGGUCCAGGACGUUUGGCGAAGGAGCCUGGGCUGUAUUGGGAGUUGGUCGAGAAAUCGAAGCCCGACAAAGGCUUUCUGAGCAGCAACGACCGCGAACACAUCGAGCGCGACCUACAUCGGACAUUCCCAGACAACAUCCGCUUUAAGCCUGACCCCAGUACAAUGAUGGACGCACAAGCCGGCGCCGGAGGCGGUGACGACUCCCCAGACUCGAAGAAGAAACGACGCAUCACCAAAGAACCCGAAACACCGAUCCUCAAGUCCCUCCGCCGCGUCCUCCAAGCCUUCGCCAUUCACAACCCCUCGAUCGGCUACUGCCAAUCCCUCAACUUCAUCGCCGGCCUGCUGCUCCUCUUCCUCGACGAAGACGAAGAAAAAGCCUUCACCCUCCUCAACGUCGUCACCUCCAUCCACCUCCCGGGAACGCACGGCGUCGCCCUCGAAGGCGCCAACGUCGACAUCGCCGUCCUCAUGUCCUGCAUCAAAGACUCCCUCCCGCUCGUCUGGAGCAAACUCGACGACAAAGGCGGCAUGAUGGGCGGGAUAGGUCCCGCCGGGGGUAAUCUCCGACUUCCAACUGUUAGUCUGGCGACCACGGCCUGGUUCAUGUCCCUCUUCGUCGGCACGCUCCCCAUCGAAUCCGUGCUCCGAGUCUGGGACUGCCUUUUCUUCGAAGGCAGCAAAACGCUCUUCCGCAUCGCCCUCGCCAUCUUCAAAGCCGGAGAACCGCAGAUUACUCGUGUCUCGGACCCAAUGGAGAUUUUCCAAGUCGUGCAAACAAUACCAAGGGGAAUGUUGGACAUCAAUGGGUUGAUGGAGGUGUGCUUUCGACGGCGAGGGGGCUUUGGGGGCGUGAGCCAGGGGUUGGUGGAGAGGAGGCGGGCGGAGAGGAGGAGGAUUGUUAAGGAGGGCGUUGAGGAGGCGGCGCUCGAUGAGGGGGCUUUUCAGAAGUUGAGAGGCAAGUUGAGGAGGCAGACUGGGAAGGUGUGA